CUCAGAGGGGCGGCGGCGCCGGGAGCCGGCAGCGGGCUCGGCUGGCACCGCGGGCCGGGCGGGUGGAUGGCGGCCCGCCCGCUGCUGGGCACCAUGAAGCAGAUCUGCCUCUGCGCGGCCGCCUCCUUCGCGAGCCAUGACUGGGGUAAGAAUGAUGAGAAACUCCUACAGGCCGUGGACUACAACGACCCCGAGAAGGUGACGUCUCUACUUCUCCGCAAGGGCCUGGUCCCCACCAAACUGGACUCGGAGGGCAAAUCCGCGUUCCACCUGGCUGCAACGAGAGGGAAUGUGGACUGCCUGGAAGUGAUGCUCGCUCAUGGAGCCGACGCCAUGACCACAGACAGCUUGGGGUACAAUGCGCUCCACCUGGCUGCGAAACACGGCCACCCACAGUGCGUGAGCAAACUGCUGCAGGCAUCUUGCCCGGUUGAUGGCGCCGACAGCAACGGUCGGACAGCGCUGCACCAUGCAGCUGUCAGCGGCUGCAUCUCAUGCUCAGAGAUUCUCUGCGAUUUCAAGGCCUCCUUGAAUACCAAGGACAAGGAUGGCUCCACCCCUCUGAUCCUGGCCGCUAAGAUGAGCCACUCGGAGCUGUGCCGGUACCUGCUGCAUCGCGGGGCCGCUGUGAACCGCAGAGACCAGCAGGGCAGAACAGCCCUGAUGCUGGCCUGCGAGAACGGCAGCGUGGAGACGGUGGAAGUUCUCAUCCAUGCCGGGGCGCGGGUCGGCAUGGUGGACGCCAGGGGCCAGGACGCAGCGCGCUACGGCCUGGCCACGGGGAACGCCUUGAUCCAGCACUACCUGCAGGACGCCUCCCAGCGCCACUCCUGGGCCAGCGACGGCGUCGCCGAGCCAGCCUCUGCCCAGCGAGAGGAACGGCACCCCGAGAAAGAGGAAAGCCCCUCCGCCGCCCUCCGGCACCUCCAGCCAGGUGAGGGGGCCACCGGCUCUGCCGCCCUCUCCCCUCCCCGCACCCCAGCAGGCAGCUGCACGUGGCGCCUCACAAUCCUUAGCGCGUUUAUCCUCACGACGCCCCCGUGCCAUGGACUCCGUUUUACAGAUGGGGAGACUGAGGCCCGGGUCCCUCAAGGAGGCCCCAUGCUGCUGGAAGUGCUGUCUGGGCAUAACGGGACUUCUGUGGGAACAGAGCUGGGAGCUUACUGGCUAAGCCAGCCACCCGUUCUGGCGACUCCUCAUUCUCUCUGUGUGACGACUGUUACUGUUUUCAAGCACACCCCACGCUCUCCGGAGCACAGCUCCCCUUCCACAGAGCGGAGCAGCCGGAUAGUCACCACCAAGCCUGCCAGGGCUCGCCCUGCCCCAGCCGACACGGAGGACAGGGAGGCCUACGAGGAGAUCGUCCGGCUGAGGCAGGAACGGGCUCGGUUCCUGCAGAAGAUCAAGGGUUUGGAGCAGCAGCAGGAGAAGCAGAAGCAGGAGCGGCUGGAGUUGGAGGAGGACUCCCUACGCUCCAUGGAGAAGCAGAUAAAGGAGCUCCAGCAGCAGCUGGCAGACAGUGAGGGGGAAAAGGAGCAUUUGGGGAAGGAGGUUGAAGUGCUCCGGAGCCGCCUGUCCUUGCUGGAGAACGAGAAGGAGAACACCAGCUACGACAUCGACACGCUGCAGGACGAAGAGGGGGACCUGCUGGAAUUCCCAGGGGCGGAGCUGCUGCUGUCCAAGAAGACCCUGAGCCUGUCCACGGAGGAGCUGCUGGCCACGCUGCAGGGCGAGGUGCAGUCGCUCACUAUGCAAAACCAGGAGCUGCUGGAGAAGAUACAGAUCCUGGAGAAUUACGAGAAAGACGAGAGUGACGUGGGCCCGGCCGAAGACUUCGUCCCCAUUGCCCUCUACAACUCCCUCAAGUCGGAGUUCGACCAGCUCAGGGAGCAGCACGCCGAGGCCCAGGCUGCCCUGCAGGCUCUGGAAGGCAGUGGGCCCCACGGUCCCUCCUGCGAGCUGGUCCCGGUGGAGGCUUACAAGCAACCGAAGGCUGAAUAUGAGGCGCAGAUCCAGACCUUAGAGGAGGCGCUGCAGAGGAGCAACACCCCAGCUGAGCCCGAGGGGGAAGGCCGGGAGCCGGGCCAGGCCGGGUUGCCGGCAGAAGGAAGCAGCAGGGGAGGAGGGGCUGGAGAUGCGGCUGUGGAAGAGCUGACCAGAAUGCUGGCUGAGACGCAGGAGAAGCACGAGGCGGCUGUGGCCGAGGUGCAGCUCCUGCGGGAGCAGAUCCAGCUGGGCAUCCUGUCUGUGGAGGAGCAGGAGGCGGCUGAGAGCUCCGGGAGUGAGCUGGAGACGGUGAGGGCAGCUCUGCAGAAAGCCCAGGAGGCCCUGCUGGAGAGAGACCAGAGGGUGAAAGACCUGGAGGGGCGCCUGGACGCCCAGGAAGAAGCAGCCAGUCGAGGCUGCUCGGCCGAGGAGACGAGGGCGGCCCUCAGCGUGUCCUUGGGCGAAGCCGCCGCGGAGAAGGCCGAGCUGCUGGAGAGGUGCCGCCAAGCGGAGGCAGAAGCGGAGCAGCUGAGGAGGAGCGUGGAGGAGGGAGCUGGGGAGCUGCAGCGAGCGAUGGGCCACCUCUCGGAGAGCCAGAGGCUGGAGGAGGAGAACCGGCAGCUCCACGAGCAGCUGGAGGAGCUGAGGGGGCAGUACGAGGAGGUGCAGGCCCAGCUCCGAGAGGAUCAGGACAAGAAGGAGGAGGAGCUGAACGCCCUGAAGGAGCAGCUGGCUUCCGAGAGCAUCUCCAGGCAGGAGCAGGAGGAGACGGCGGGGGCGCUGGGCGGGUUGUUGGCCGAGUCCAACAAGAAGCUGCUGGAGCUGGAGGAGAGGCACAGCGCCGCCCAGCGGGAGGCGAGGGAGCUGCAGCAGGCGGCGGAGCGGUACAGGAGGGAGUGGGUCCCGCCGGCUGAGCACGCCCGAGCUAAGGAAGCCCUGGAGGGCAGCCUCCGGGAGCUGAAGUCCAGAGCCCAGCAGCUGGAGCAAGAGCUGGCCGCCAAAGCCCAGGAGGCCUCGCGGCUGCAGGGCGAGCUGGCGAGCACGCGGGAGGGCACGGUCCCCAGGGAGGAGCACGAGCAGCUGCGGUGCAACCUGCAGGCGGAGGCGAGCGCGCUGAGCCUGAAGCUGAGCGACCUGGAGCGCAAGCACGAGAAGACCUGCACGGAGGUGUUCCAGGUGCAGCGCGAGGCCCUCUUCAUGAAGAGCGAGAAGCACGCGGCCGAGGCCCAGCUGGCCGCCGCCGAGAAGCAGCUGCAGAGCCUGCGGGCCGAGUCGGGCCGGAUCCAGGAGCUGCACGGCCACAUCGAGGACUCGGCCAAGCUGGUCAAGGAGAAGGACAGGAAGAUCACCGAGCUGUCCAAGGAAGUCUUCAAGCUGAAGGAGGCCUUGAACAGCCUGUCGGAGCUCUCCGGCCCGGAGGGCGCCCCGCAGAAGCAGCAGAACCCCCAGGAGGUGGCGAAGCUGCAGGGCACGAUAAAGGCCUUGGAACAGCAGCUGGCCGAGAUGGAGACCCACCACCGCAAGGUCGUCUCGCUCUACCGGAGCCACCUGCUCUGCGCCAUUCAGGGCCACAUGGACGAAGAUGUGCAGAGACUCUUGUACCAGAUCCUGAUGAUGCAGCGGCUGCAGGAGCAAGGCAGAUGAGCGCCCUGGGGCGAGGGAGCCCGGUUCCUUGUUCCGAGCAGGGGAGUCUUCCCCACAGGGGAGCGGAGCGGACUCGCACGCAGAACCGGCUGGCCUCCAGCGUCAAGCAGCGGGGCGAGGCCCCGGGCACACGCUUCCUCACCAAAAAUCCAGGCACACGUGUGUUGGGUGACCACUGGGGCGGCACCUUUGCUCCCUGUUCCUGGGCAGCCUGUGCUGGGAGGUGCCUGUGGGCGGGCGGCUGGAAGGUGCCUCCUGGCAGGUCACUGCCCUUUCCACCGGUGCUUUCGCCUCGGCAGGGACGGGGGAGGCGGGCUCCUGACUGGGUGAUGCCGCUGGGCGAGGGGCCCCGCCUCGCUCCGUGGGCAGAAGGCAGCAGGGAAGGGGAGAGGCUGCGGUAACUCACCGGCUCCUGCCUGCGGCUCUCAGCAGAGCAUC